GUAAACCUGAAAACCAAAUAACCCAGGAAAACCGCCAGAGCUUUAUUUCAUCUCAACAGCCAGGAAGUAAACCGACAGAAGUCCAUAUUGCUAUUUUUCAUUUUUCCACAUCGAUUUAUCUUGGUAGCCUUCUUUCACAAAGAAGCAAAAAAAAGAUGAGGACUCUCCUUGUUAUGGCCCGAGCAGGUGUUAUUUGUGGUUACGUCGAUUGUUUUCUCGUACCACCGCCAUCCAUCCAUCAUCCUCAGCGCAAUCGCAACAAGUGUCAUGCGAUAGACAAAACCUUGCCGUUGCCCUCGGCUCAUUCGCGCUUUUGAUUCUACGAGGAUUGCCGUGGGUGUCCUUCCGCUUGUAUGAAGAAGAAGAUGUAAAUCAUCUAUAAGUCUUUUCUUUCUGUGAUGCGCACCUGCGCACCAGCAGAAUGACGGGGUUCAGAAAGACAACGAAAAAAGAUUUGCACUUGGAGCCGCUGCAAUAAAGAUCUAAAGCACUGUGGCGUUGUAUGUUGGAAUUUCAUACAUGACAAGCCAGGGCGGCGCUCGCUGCUCCACCCUCCGACGAUGAAAUUGAUGAAAGCUUCGACAUCUCAUAAGUAACACCUGCUCGUCGGGCCAUACCCAUAUCCAAAACCGUCACGAAGAAGUGCUUGGCGUUGUACGUUGUGGCACUGUCCGUCUGCGGGUCCGCGGCGGAGAACCAUGACAAAGGGCAACAUUUUAACGAGGAAGCGGCCAUCGACACCGAUAUGAGUUCUUCUCUCUCGAGUUCUCAUUUCGAGGAGCCCCCGGUCGUGGUCCCGGACCACGAACAACGGGGGAAGCAGAAGCA